UCGGAUUAUAUCAGAAGAGUGGACUGAACUACAGAGCAAAGUGCAAAAAAAAAAAAAAACAACUGAAGAGAAGAGCUUUUUUCUGGUCAAUUUUAGAUUCUGAAUCAAGAAUGUCCCACACUGCCAUACCCAUGAACUCUUCAGCGGUUGUCAUCCAGGUUCAACCACCAACACAAACCACAUCAGGCACUGGGACAAAUGCUCCUGUUCCUGUUUAUGUACAACAGCUAGCUCAAGUUUCACCUCGUCAGAUUCAGGCAUUUCUGAAAAGCCAACCAAAAGCCCUUGGGACUGUCCAGAUAAUGAUUGGUCUGUUGACUUUCCUUGUGGGGAUCGUGUAUACAUUUCACAUAGGCAUAUCCAUAGGCAUAUCCAUUUUUGUGUUCAUUCAUAUCUCUUACUGGGGAUCUCUAAUCUACAUUAUCGCAGGCUCUCUCAGCAUUGCUGCAGAAAACAAGUUUAAUUCACCCUGCAGUAUGUGUUUGGUGAAAUGUUCACUUGGAAUGAAUAUUUUCAGUGCUAUUAUUGCAGGCAUUUCCAUUCUUUUUAUUUCACUGGAAUUGGCUUAUUGGCUUAAAUUUCAUGUUGAGGCAAAUUAUUUGACCUUUUUCUUGGGAAUCCAUAGUAUAAUACUGGUAUUUGCCAUCCUUGCGUUUUUCAUCUCCAUCUUUCUGUCAGCAUUUGCCUGUAAAGCCACCUGCUACUGCUGCUACACUCAGGUGCCGUUUGUUCCUCAAGUUGUAACUGCACAACCCAGUGAUUUUAGGCCCAAUCAUUCCCAUGAUAUUAACAACUCAGAGAUACCUACGGUCAGCAACCCGUCCAUGUAUAACCCUCCUGUAGAAAAUCCUCCACAAUAAAGUGAAUGUAAAUAAAUAUGAAUAUUAAAACCGACUGAGGACAGAGUUAAUACAUUAGUACAUUAAUACAGAGAUAAUUACAUUUUUUUAAGUUGCAAAUUUGUAAAACAGUUACUAUUCAAGAAUAGAUGAUAUUUCAUGAUUUUCUUUCUUUAGUUAAGUUGUCUAAUCAUGAGUGAAUCUGGAUAG